GUUCCAUAGGAUCCGUAGGUACUAAUAAUUUUUAUACGUGCCUACAUGUGUGUCCCAGUGUUUGGGUGUGGUUUGGGUAAAACGUACCUGUAAAAAGUACCUAAAGAAAACAUAUUUAUAGCAAUGUGUCAUGGCAAUCUCGCUGGUCCAGCGCUGGGCCAUCGUAUAGAGGAGCCAUAACCAUCGCAUACCCAUUUCCUGGUCGAGCGCUGGCCACCGUGUAGAGGUGCCAUUACUCACCGGCAGGAACACAACACUAUGAGUAGAGUCUAUUGUUAUUUGGCUGCGGUUUUCUAUAAGGUGGAGGUAUUUCCCCAGUGGGCUCUGCUCUAGACAGCAUAACAUAAUAGGUGUAACAAAAUUAAGGGGUGACCCAUCGAAAAACUUAGGGCCUCCGCUAGCUGGCGCGGGUGCACGGAGCGGACGAGCGGGUUAACGAAAAAUAGUAUGAGCGACGCUAACUGAAGCGGACGCGUGCGGCGGAUUUCACCUGCAAAUAGCACCCGCGUGCGUGCGCACGCGGCGGGCGUCCGCGUCAGCUAGCGUAGGCUUUAAAGGAAACAAUUUUUGGACCACCCAUGUCACCCCCAAUCUUAUCACUGCACAGUUGCAAGUAGCUUAUAUAGACUCAACUAUCAAAUAAAUGGUAGAUUUAAAAAAAACAAACAAUUUCACACCUCGAUGCUUUUGAUUAUCGACAUUAAUAUUAAUAUAGUAAUUAUUUACCUACAAUGAUCAAGAACUAUGUUGCGAGCUGUCGUUAUUUGCAAUUUAUUUGCGGUAAGCUGUUCUAUCACCACCCAUGACAUGAUGUUAAACUUCGUCCGAGACACGCUGAUACAAAUGGAGCGUGAAUUGAACAAGACGGACGCAAUACGCCAAAACUCGCAGCACACCCCAGGAUAUGAAGUUGGACUUGUCUUGAGGACUAUGGAGGAGUGCUACAGACGAAUGGUGGACAUCUACAAUUCCACGUUAACCACCGAUCUGUACAAUCUGGAAGCGCACACUACCGACCACAUCAUGUUCCUGAAAUACGUGGAGAACUACUACUGGAUCGUCAACCAUCUUGAACACAUUCUGCACGAGAUUGAGAAGAAGUAUAAGCUUAAACAGGCGGGAAUGUUCCAGACCUACCAGGACUUUACGACCCGCCCGCAGCCGACCACCAAGAAGCCCCGCUUCCACUCCAAGGCCGUGGUGUCCAUGACCACCACCACCAAGAGACCCAAGCAGACCUGGUGGCCACUGGACUAUGGCUGGGACCAGAUGGACGAGUGGCGAUGAUUCAUUUCUCUAUUAUAUUCAUUAUUCGAUUAAAUUUAGAGUUUAAAUUUUUAGACAUUACCUUGUAUUUUAUUGAUUCCUUUUAAUUCAAUUUUUAUGUAUGUUUAAGAUAAGAUUUUAGUUAUUGACGAUGCCAAAGAAAUCCAACAGAUCCUACUUGAAUAAAUUGAUUAUUAUCUUUAUCUAAUACUUAUAUAUUAUUAGAAAAAUUUGGCCUAACUGGAUCACAAACGCUCACUUAUGGAGAAUUAACCGGACAAGCACCCGUACAUAAGGAGAUCCAAACGCGCAAAUGGCAUUGGAUAGGGCAUAUCCUCAGGAAGCCUGACACCCACCUAUCCAAGGUGGCCCUGACCUGGAAGAUGCCCGGAAAACGGAAACAUGGUCGCCCUAAAUUUACUUGGCGCCGUUCCGUGGAGCAAGAGUUGGGUGUAUUGGGGAUGGGGUGGGAGGAGGUUACCCAAGCUGCCCAGGACCGGAGUCAGUGGAAGAAAAUGGUUCGAGCCCUACACCCCAGCAGGGGUGAUUUUUCUCACUUGAUGGUCUCAUCGGAAGAUCAGCGCUGGAAGCCACCAGCAACAUGCUGAGAUGAGGCCAUUUCGUGGCACUUUAUACUUUCUUUGUUUUUGUUAUAUCAUAUCAUAUCAUAUCAUAUCAUAUCAUAUCAUAUCAUAUCAUAUCAUUUAUUCCAUUGAAUCAUGUUCAUUUGUACAUUUUGGUGAUAUCAUGUAAUUUUAUGUGUCUUGUUUGUGUUUACGAAUAAAAAUGAUUCUAUUCUAUAUAAAGCAGUUACAUAUGUCAUUAUAUCAAUCCAAUCAUACCCCUGCCUAAUCAUAACCAAUCCAAAACAAUCAAACAACCAUAACUAAUCAUAAUCAUAUCCAAUAAUCCCGCCUACGAAGCUGAUGGUCCCGGGUUCAAAUCCUGGUAAGGGCAUGUAUUUGUGUGAUGAGCAUGGAUAUUUGUUCCUGAGUCAUGGGUGUUUUCUAUGUAUUUAAGUAUUUAUAAAUAUUUAUAUAUUAUAUAUAUCGUUGUCUAAGUACCCUCAACACAAGCCUUAUUGAGCUUAAUGUGGGACUUAGGCAAUUUGUGUAAUAAUGUCCUAUAAUAUUUAUUUAUUUAAUCAUUAUUACGAGUAGGUACCUAAUUAGAGCCAUCAGAUGGCUAACUGCCCUUAAUCUAUUAUUAUAGCUGUUUGUAUUCUGUUUUUAAAAAAUAUUAAAAAUUACGCCAUACGAUUAAAUAAAUAAACCUAAUUAAUAUAAAAUAAUUGUAUAUCGUAAUAAUAAAAUGAAUGAAUGCUUCGGCUCCGCGCACGCCUCCCAAAGGUCCGGAACACCAUUGUUCCGUGAUGGGAAAGACAUACAAAUGAAUAAAUUUUGUAAUAUAUUUAAUGUU